AUGGAGAACUCCACCUCGCGCGCGCCUCGCCUCUCUUCUCGCCGCCCGGCCCGCUCCUUCUGCGGCCGCGUAGCCGGCAUUUGCAGUUUUCUCCUUCUCUGCUUCGCCUCUUCGACUCUCGGGAGCCCAGCGUUGCGUACCAGCGGAGGAGUCAACGAAGUAGCUGCGGUGGGAGGAGAUUUCUGCGUAAAUGGUCUGAGAGCGGCGAUCAAUGCAGCUAUUCUCGAACUCGCAGGAGAGCACUACGUGGGCAGCACGCUGCUGCCGCAGUUCCCCGACGUUCCGUACGUCCCGAUUCUCGUGUGUCCUGCGCCGACAGCGCGGGACAGCCUGCCGCCGGUCGUGAAUCCUCCACACCCCAAGACGACAGUCGUCAACGAUCAGGGCGUGCCCAUCAAGGAUGCACAGCAGACGCGCGCGCCGCCGACUGCGGAGGCGCUAGCACGCGACCGCGCGUCUCUGUGGCCCGAGUUGAGCGCGCUCCACGAAUCCGAUCUGCUCUUUGAUGUGCUCAAGUCUGGCGUCCUCAAGGUCGCGGGCCUCGGCCCCCGUGGCCCCGACCUCCGGACCAACCCGGACUUUGAGGGCCUCGUCGCAGACCCCGAACUCGCUGCGAGCCAGGCCGAACACGGCUUCAACUGGGGACAAGAGGGAAACUACUCCGUUGACCCUCCCGUCGGAUACUUCCCGACCUACCUACGGGCGAUCGUCGAGAAAGUCAGCAUGCGGUACCGGAAACCUGUUCGGUCCCAGUACAUUUUCUUCUCCAAUGGAGGCGACGCCAUGAAGAGCGUUGCGCGAGGCGUCGCCCAUAUGACAGACAUCUACUUCAUUCUGGCCUUCCAACAAGGCAGCAUGUCUCACUUGGACGAGUUUUACCACACGUGCCCCGUCUCGGCGUCGCCGAACAACCUGCUCACACUGAAGGAGUACAGGAUCCGUUCCCUUCAAGACCUGGUGCGAACUCUACGGAUGGCGUCUGACCCCGCGAUGAGAACUCUUGCCUACCUCAGCACCGGCAACUACGAAACGGUCCAUUUCUUCUUCCCGAGACACACGCUCGGCGAAGUCAUGGCGAAGGAGGAAGCGGAGCGUCGCAUUGCGGCGAGAGAAAUUCUGGGCAACAUCCGAACGGGAACUUCGGGUCAGGUUCCCGACACUUUUGAGAUGGUGGACCUCGGCCUCGUGCUCGCCCAGGGGCCGUGGUUGAAGCGUACAGACACCGCGCACUGCGUGUACCACCAGUUGGUUUUCCAUCAAGGGGCAAAGAAGGCCUACGCACCUCCCUCUGAAGAGGCCGAUGCGGAGACGAUAAAUGUCGAGGCGUCGACGGCUUCGGGACUGCGAUCCCAGGCUGGUGCGAUCUUCGCAGCCUCUCUACUUGCCUCUCUCGCCGUCGUAUAG